ACAUAGACUGAAUUAAAUCAACUGACGAAUGGUAUCUCCCUACUCCCAGAUGGAACACGCUGCCAAGCCGAAACCGGCUGCUGCCCGUGAGUUGACGCCGUAGUAGGUUGCCGGUGGUUCUUUACGGUUGUGGAUGUCGGACUGACUCCAGGGAGGGAGACUUCUUCGCAGCCGAAAGGGAGGUUACUUUUCCGUGGCAGUGGCGGAGCGCGCUGACCAUGGCCUCCAACUUCAAUGAUAUAGUGAAGCAGGGAUACGUGCGGAUACGGAGUAAGAAACUAGGGAUCUUCAGGAGGUGCUGGCUGGUGUUUAAGAAGGCGUCCAGUAAAGGCCCCAGACGUUUAGAGAAAUACCAAGAUGAGAAGGCAGCAUACUUCAGAAGCUUUCACAAGAUCACGGAGCUUCACAAUAUCAAGAACAUUACACGGAUGCCGCCGGAGACCAAGAAACACGCAAUGGCAAUCAUCUUCUACGACGAGACUUCCAAGACAUUUGCCUGUGAGUCAGAGCUGGAUGCAGAGGAGUGGUGCAAGCUGCUGUGUGUGGAGUGUCUAGGAAGCCGACUGAACGACAUAAGCCUGGGAGAACCAGACCUGUUAGCAGCGGGGGUGCAGCGGGAGCAGAGCGAGCGGUUCAACGUGUACCUGAUGCCCACUCCCAACCUGGAUAUCUAUGGGGAGUGUACAAUGCAGAUCACCCAUGAGAACAUCUACCUCUGGGACAUCCACAACGCCCGCGUCAAACUGGUCAUGUGGCCCCUCAACUCACUGAGGAGAUACGGACGAGACUCCACUUGGUUCACUUUCGAGUCAGGAAGGAUGUGUGACACGGGGGAGGGUCUGUUUACGUUCCAGACGCGGGAGGGAGAGAUGAUCUACCAGAGAGUCCACUCAGCCACCCUGUCCAUCGCACAGCAACAUGAGAGGAUGUUGGUGGAGAUGAAGAAGAGCUCACAGACCCACUCCAACCAGACAACGUUAACCAAGUCCAUCUCUCUGCCUCGCAGUGCCUACUGGCAUCACAUAAUGCGUCAGAACAGCGUGGGAGACAUCUACAGCUACCAAGGUACUAGCCUGACGAUGAUCCCCCGAGCACAGACCUUCCCCAGCUUCCUCUCUGAACAGACAGAAGAAGAGCAGUCCUCUCGGCACCAGGAAGAGGCACUUUCCCCCUCCAGUGGCUACGGCUCAAACUGCAACCAGGGGAUGCUCCAAUGACAAGCACUUACAGGACAAAUCUGGACAUUCCAACACUUUAGAAGGCUGUAGUAAUAUGUAUAGGAACAUGUAUAAUAUGUCAUUGUAUGUUAAUAAAUUAUGACGAUAGUGUUAA